UCGUUCAAUCACGACUCUCCUCCUCUAUAUGGCCAAAUCCCAAUCCCUUCUCCCCAAUUCCCUCUGUUUCCACCGCCAAUGGCCGCCGACACCUCCGCCCUGCCGCACGACGGCCUCAAAUUCUGGCAAUUCAUGAUCGCCGGCUCAAUCGCCGGCAUGGCGGAGCACAUGGCCAUGUUCCCCGUCGACACUAUCAAAACGCAGAUGCAAGCCCUAAGUUCCUGCCCGCUCAAUUCCGCCACCGUCAAUCAAGCCAUCCGAUCCAUCCUCAAAUCCGACGGCGCCACCGGCUUCUACCGCGGCAUCGCCGCCAUGGGGAUCGGCGCCGGCCCCGCGCACGCCGUCUACUUCUCCGUCUACGAGGCGUGCAAGCAGAGCUUCUCCGGCGGAAACCCUAGCGGCAGCUCGGCCGCGCACGCCGCGGCAGGGGUGUGCGCCACCGUGGCCAGCGACGCGGUGCUGACGCCGAUGGAUGUGGUGAAGCAGCGCCUCCAGCUGAGGGGCAGCCCGUACCGCGGCGUCUGGGACUGCGUGGGGAGGGUGGUGAGGGAGGAGGGAAUUGGGGCUUUUUUCGUCUCUUAUAGAACUACUGUGGUGAUGAAUGCGCCCUUCACCGCGGUGCAUUUUGCGACGUAUGAAGCGGCGAAGAGAGGGUUGAUGGAUGUGUCGCCUGAGAGCGCGGGGGAGGAGAAGUUUGUGGUUCACGCUACUGCUGGGGCGGUGGCGGGGGCUCUGGCUGCCGCCGUGACGACGCCGUUAGAUGUGGUCAAGACUCAAUUGCAAUGCCAGGGGGUAUGUGGAUGUGAUAGAUUCGAGAGUGGUUCUAUCCAAGAUGUUUGUGGAACAAUAGUAAGGAAAGAUGGGUACGCCGGCCUCAUGAGGGGAUGGAUGCCGAGGAUACUCUUCCACGCCCCAGCUGCUGCUAUUUGCUGGUCUACAUAUGAAGCUGCUAAAGCCUUCUUCCAUCACACCACCAAUUCUACUUGACCACCAUUUCUAUACACCCAACAGAUUUAUUUUUCAGAACAACUACAACACUUUAUAGUAUUUAUAUAGGUCGGAUUGCUGUGAAUUAUUGUACUCACAGUUUUUUAUUUGAGUAGAGUUAAUGUAUAAGUAUCCAUAUGUUAAAACAACUGGCACCAGUGGUCUAGUGGUAGAAUAGUACCCUGCCACGGUACAGACCCGGGUUCGAUUCCCGGCUGGUGCAUUCAAUGUUUAUUUUUAUCACUUUUUCUAUAUAUGCUGAAAUAAGAGACCCGGCUGGUACAUUCAAUGUUU